UAUCAACUAUAAAUUUUAUUUACAUAUGAAAUAGAUAAUUGGUAGAUAAAAUGAUAAUUUUCUUUAUAAAAUAUAAACUUGUGGGCCUAUUUUUAUAUCUAAAAAUUUUAAAUCAUUAUAUGAAAUUCUCAAAUCAAGCUUUUCGAAAAAUUUAAGAUUUAAUUUGAUCUCAUGAUUUUAAAUUACUGCUAUGUACCUUAAUUCAAGUUUCCUUUUAUAUUCAUAUUUUCUUGUAUUACGAAUAAAGUAGUAGCUGGUAAUUGAUUAGGUUAUUGAGCAAGAAAUUAGUCAGUUGGUUAGAAAGCUAUCUGGCGCAUGAGGUGCACGAAUUCAGAAAACAAUUAUCAAGUACUUGCUAGAGUAGAUUUCUGGACUUAUACUUUGGCUGUACCUGAUGAUUACAAGAUUCAUCCCACCUUCCACAUUUCCAGUUGAAAAGGAAAGUUGGUUCUCAUGUUAUUACUGUCACUCUUCCCUAUGUCCAUAUCGAUUCAGGUCACAUCCUCUUGUCCCUUGAGGCUAUUAUUGACAUGAGGCUUUGCAAGAAAAGGCAAAGAGCUUCUAAUGAAGUCUUGGUCAAAUGGUUGAAUGCUACUCCUGAGGACAUUUCAGAGAUGGAUCUCCAGAAGUUCACUCAGAAAUUUACUCAGUUUAAUCCUUGAGGACAAGAAUUUUUGUAAUCGUGGGGUAUUGAUAUGUACCUAAGUCAUAUUCCCUUGUAUCACAAAUGAAGUAGUAGCUAGUAAUUGAUUAAAUUGAUUGAUCGAGAAAUUAGUCGAUUAGUUAGAAAGGUAGUUGGCGCAUGAGGUGCAAAGGCUUGAGGUGCACGAAUCCAGAAAACAAAUAUCAACUAACUUUUCCUCCCUUAUUCUGUUUUUCUUUAUUAGCUCAACUUUACAACAAUUAUAGACAAUUAUGAAUUAAUAAUUUCAAUAAAAUCUCUAUUUUUAUAAUCUCUUUCCCUACUUUUCCCCAUAGUUAUCAAGAUUCUCGAGUGAACUAUUUAAUGUAAUUUCUUAAUUUACCCUUUAGUAACGCUCAAUCUUUUUAUAAUUAUUCACAAAUUUAAUACAUUAUAUCAAUUACGAGAUGAAAUCACAUGUUCAAAUGCAUACUUGGGUUCGUCACUCAAUUUUUCUACAAAAAAUAAAAAAAUACUAGAAUAUUUAACAUCUCAAAUUAAACAAUAGAAAAGUUGUCAUACCCUUUUGAGGAAUUAUCUGAAGAAAAUCGAUGGAUUUCUAAAACACCCGCCCAAACAGAUAUUUUCUUGACCUCUGUAACCAUAGCCUUCCAUGGCUUUCUCUUUGUUCCCAACUACAUCAAGCACCUUCUCUCCUCUCUGCCAAGCUCGACCCAAUACAAGUUGCAAUAGAACCAACCCAAAGCGCGUGUAUACAAAUACAAACCGAAAAAAGCAAAACCCCAGUCGCCGUCAACUCAAAUCCGGCGAGUUUAGGCCACCACCGCCUGUUACCACCGGCGCCGGUGAAACUGCCACCACCUACACUCGUCUACCCCCUAAAGACGACUUUUUUCUUCCGUCUCUUCAAGAUUCAACUGAAAUAACCCUCUCUCAGUUAAUCAUUCCAACCCCAGCUAAGAAGAAUAUUAAACGAGAAUUCGACUCGUUGGAUGAUGAGAAUGUAGAGAACUUAAGGUUUGAUUAUGGAAAAUUCGAGUUAUACGAGGUUAGUGAUGAUGAUGAUUUUGAUGAAAAUGAUGAUGAUGUGGAUGGUGAAAUGGAAGGUACUGGAAGUGAUGGAAAAUUCGAGCUGUACGAGGUUAACGAUGACUUUGAGGAUGAUUUUGAUGAAGAUGAUGACGUGGGGAAUGAAAUGGAAAGGAUAUUUGAGGGUGGCGAUGUGUUUGAAGGGGAAGGGAGUGAUAUAAAGGAGAAGGAGAAAGGGGUUCCAGCAGUAAUGAGGUGUUUCGAUAGGGCAAAAAUAUAUGUAAAAGCGGGGGAUGGAGGGAAUGGGGUGGUGGCAUUUAGGAGGGAGAAGUUUGUGCCUUUGGGUGGGCCAUCUGGUGGUGAUGGAGGUAGAGGAGGGAAUGUGUAUGUGGAGGUAGAUGGGUCGAUGAAUUCAUUGUUGCCAUUUAGGCAGAGUGUGCAUAUUAAAGCUGGGAGAGGAGGGCAUGGUCAUGGAAAGAAGCAAUUUGGGGCAAAAGGCGAGGAUGUAGUGGUAAAGGUGCCACCAGGUACUGUCAUUAGGGAGUCUGGGGAUGGUGGAAUUCAAGGGAACGUACUUCUCGAGUUGUUGCAUCCAGGACAGAAGGCAUUGCUGUUGCCUGGUGGAAAAGGUGGGAGAGGGAAUGCCUCUUUUAAGACAGGGUUGAAUAGGGUGCCCAAGAUCGCGGAGAAUGGAGAAGAAGGACCAGAGAUGUGGUUAGACUUGGAGCUUAAGUUGGUUGCUGAUGUUGGUAUAGUCGGAGCGCCAAAUGCAGGGAAAAGUACAUUUCUCAGUGUUGUAAGUGCUGCUCAGCCAGCUAUUGCGAAUUACCCCUUUACGACAUUGCUCCCAAAUUUAGGCGUAGUUUCAUUUGAUUAUGAUGCUACUGUGGUUGUUGCUGAUCUGCCUGGUCUACUUGAAGGGGCACACCGAGGUUUUGGUUUAGGCCAUGAGUUUCUUCGGCACUCAGAAAGAUGUUCCGUCCUGGUGCAUGUUGUUGAUGGUUCAUCUCCACAACCGGAAUAUGAAUUUGAAGCUGUUCGUCUUGAAUUGGAAAUGUUUAGUCCCAAACUUGCUGAAAAGCCUUAUUUAGUGGCUUACAACAAAAUGGACAUUCCAGACGCAUAUGAGAAUUGGAAGACAUUCAGGGACAGUCUGAGAUCUCAUGGAAUUGAACCCUUUUGCAUGAGUGCAGUGAAAAGAGAGGGUACACAUGAAGUAAUUUGUGCUGCUUAUGAGCUUGUUUGUAGAGGAAGAGAAGCUGCUAAAGAAGAAGUGAGAACGGAUCCAGUAAACUUGAACUAUGUUGCUGACAUGGUGAAAAAGCAGCGAAAUGCACCCAUAAACGAGUUUGAAAUCUCCCAUGGUAGUUCUUCCAAAACUUGGUAUGUUCAAGGAUCAGGCCUGGAACGUUUUGUCCAAAUGACAAACUGGAGAUAUAUGGAUUCAGACAGAAGAUUUCAAUACGUUUUGGAAGCAUGUGGUGUGAAUAAAUCUCUACUCAAGCUUGGCGUGAAAGAGGGUGACACUGUCAUUAUUGGAGAUAUGGAGUUGGUGUGGCAUGAUUAUGAUAAUGCAGGCUCUACAAGUAGGAGGAAGUGGGCUGCAGAACCAAGUCAAUAAUUUCAUGGUUGCUCUUUAGAAUGUGCUGCUAAUCAAGAAUUGUACAAAAGAUUAAACAUUCUUGUUCUGGCAUUUCCCAGAACUUAAACCAGAGCUGCUGAAAAUCUUCUUAUAUUAUAAAUCUGCACCAUGGACAAGACAUCACCUUACAGAGCUGCAAGAGGAAUGGAGCUGGAAGGUAAGGUACCACCUCCGAAAGUCUUCAGCCCAUGCCAGAUUAAUGCAGCUUCUUCUUUCUGGUGCAAUGAUGUGUAUCACUACCCUGAUUAGAUAAUUCAUGCAAUCACAGCGGAGUUAUGUGAUUUUAUUUUUGUACAUUUAGAAACAUUGGUCAUGGUCGAUGAGGUCAUAUACCCGCCGAUCCCUUCUUACUUAUUUGGGAUUUAGACAGUUGUUGUAGUUACAUCAUAAAAUUUAAAUGAACAGAUUUAAGUAAGUUGAUAGUAGUUGUAGUAAUUUGUUUUGAAGAAGUUCCCCUUCUAAUUUUGAUUAUUCCAGUAUUACUAGAGGAUUAUGGAUCUUAUAACAAUCUUACAUCAUUCUUCAACGGAUAA